AUGCAGAUUGAUCCUUUAGCAGAAUACUAUUUCCAAGCGGAACCACAAACUAUAUGCGGUCAAGAAGUUAAGCCCAUAACCGAUGAAUUCAUAGAUAAUUUUCCAUCUGUUGUUGAUCGUUUCUUUACACGUUACUAUUUCAUUAAGAAAGGCGCCGAUCAGGCCCCUUACAAAGUUCUAUUCCACUCUAAUCGCAUUUGUUUGAUAUGCCUGGCUCCCGAACAUCCAGCACUACAAAGUGGUAUUGCCAGUAUUAAUUUCGAUAUUGGACAAAUGGAUCGUAGUAAAAAUACAGUUAAGGGUAAAGGUAAAAAAGGUGGUAUGAUUUUACAAGCAGAUUCCACUCUAGCUUUACUGGCUGCUAAAACUGGUGAGGUAUAUAAAGUUCCCAGUUGUGUGCGUAGUAAAUUAGUUGAAGUAAACACCGAAAUAUCGGAACAUCCAGAAUUAUUGGCCAACUUACCAGAAGGUGAAGGAUAUUUUGCCAUAGUUUUACCCAAACCAGAACACUGUGAAGAAAUCAAAGCCAGUUUGAUGACUCAGGAACAAUAUGACGAAUACAAAGAGGCAUUGAAAGCAAAUAAGGAAUCGGAAUGACAAUUGGUACAACAUACAAUGUAUUUUUUAGCUUCAUAUGUACAUUUAUUAUGUUCGUAAAAAUAGUUUUGUUAAGACUGUAAUAAAUUAAAAUGUCAAUGUU